GAUACUAUUUACUAAUCCCCACAAUCCAUUUUAAGAUCUAAGCGAGACAAACAAGCAAAAACAGCCAAACUAGGCUCAACCCCACCCUCCAUUUGUUCUUUUUCCCUUUCUCCUUCCCCGAUUUGCUCCAAACCCCAAUACAACCACACCCACCACCGCACCACUUUUUCACAACCCUCACCUUAUGCUGCUCACUCAAUCCUCAAACCAAAUCUCACUCCCAACUCCACACAUUUUCAUUUUCCCUUCACUUUCUCUCCUCUCUCACUCCCAAUGACCCCAAUUCAAACACCAUUGCUAAUCUUCUUCCUCAUUUCCCUCCCCGCCUUUCCGGGUCUACCCGACCCGGACGCCGUCUCGAUCCAGCCACUCCUCCCGAGCCCAUCACCGCCGGCCACAAUCCCGGCCUUCCCGGAGCAGUCCGACGUCGCCGGCUGCCAGCUGGACCUGCCCGAGCAGUUCUUCCACGGCGUCAAGUCGGCCUGCGGCGCGGAGCUCCGGCGAGGCCGGUGCUGCCCCGUGCUCGCCUCUUGGCUCUACGCCGCCUACUCGGCCACGGCGCUGGGCCGGGCCGGGAGAGUCGCCGGCCCAACUCCGGCGUCGGCCCACAACACGACUGCGUACGACAUGCCGCUGCUGCCGGACGACUCGGAGACGUGCGUGGCCGACGUGGACAAGGCGCUGAGGGGAAGAGGGAUAGAGCUGAAAAGGCCGAACGAGACGUGCGACGUCGUUUACUGCUACUGCGGGAUUAGAUUGCAUCCUCUUAGCUGCCCAGAGGCCUUUUCAGUUAGCCAAGAAGGGAAAGUUGUUAGGGACAAGAGAGUGAGAAGAUUGGAAAGAGAUUGUUUGAGUAAACCUGGGAAUGUGAAUGGAUUUCCAGGUCUUGGUGGGUGUUCCAAGUGCUUGAACUCUCUUCAUCAGCUCAACAACAACAAGAAAGCUUUGAAUACAAGCAAAUCAGACGACAGGACCACAAAAAUGCACAACAAGGACUGUGAGCUGAUGGGCCUAACAUGGCUACUUGCGAAGAAUCGGACGGCUUACAUGCACACCGUGUCGGCAGUCAUAAGGGCAAUCAUGUUGAACACGGAUGGCUCAGAUCAUCCCCGCUCCUGCGCUCUCUCCAGCGACGGAAUGCCUCUGGCCGUUGAUUCUGCAGAAAUAUCCGAUCAGUCCGCGUCCUCCGUCCUUGGACCAGCGCAUGUAUCUCUUUGCAUAGUGUUGAUUUCUUUGUUGUAUAUGCACUUCUUUGCAUGGUCAUUCCAGAACUAGAGAAAUCAAAAAUGGCAUUGUGUAGAUGAUUUUUUUUUUCUUC